AUGGUCCAAAGCGACGCGUCCAAGUCGCCUCCCAUAGCGGCGGUGGCGCAGGAGAGCCAGAUGGAGCUGCUGGAGAGCGCGGCUCCCGCGGGGGCGCUCGGAGCACAGUCCUAUGGAAAAGGAGCCAGGAGGAAAAAUAGGUUCAAAGGCUCGGACGGAAGCACGUCAUCCGACACCACCUCCAACAGCUUCGUCCGCCAGGGUUCGGCAGACUCCUACACCAGCCGUCCAUCCGAUUCAGAUGUGUCUUUGGAAGAGGACCGGGAGGCAGUACGUAGAGAAGCUGAGCGGCAGGCCCAGGCACAGCUGGAAAAAGCAAAGACAAAACCUGUUGCAUUUGCAGUUCGGACCAACGUCAGGUACAGCGCAGCCCAGGAGGAUGACGUCCCGGUGCCAGGCAUGGCCAUCUCCUUCGAGGCAAAGGAUUUUCUGCAUGUUAAGGAAAAAUUUAAUAAUGACUGGUGGAUAGGACGACUGGUCAAAGAAGGCUGUGAAAUUGGAUUUAUUCCAAGCCCGGUCAAGCUAGAAAACAUGAGGCUACAGCAUGAACAGAGAGCCAAGCAAGGGAAAUUCUACUCCAGUAAAUCAGGAGGAAAUUCUUCAUCCAGUCUGGGUGACAUAGUACCUAGUUCCAGGAAAUCGACACCUCCAUCAUCUGCUAUAGACAUAGAUGCUACUGGCUUAGAUGCAGAAGAGAAUGAUAUUCCAGCAAACCACCGCUCCCCUAAGCCCAGUGCAAACAGUGUAACGUCACCCCACUCCAAAGAGAAAAGAAUGCCCUUCUUUAAGAAGACAGAGCACACUCCUCCUUAUGAUGUGGUACCUUCCAUGCGGCCAGUGGUCCUAGUGGGCCCUUCUCUGAAGGGCUAUGAGGUCACAGAUAUGAUGCAAAAAGCACUGUUCGAUUUUUUAAAACACAGAUUCGAAGGGCGGAUAUCCAUCACAAGAGUCACUGCUGACAUCUCCCUCGCCAAACGUUCAGUAUUAAACAACCCCAGUAAGCAUGCAAUAAUCGAAAGAUCCAACACAAGGUCAAGCUUAGCUGAAGUUCAGAGUGAAAUUGAAAGGAUUUUCGAACUUGCAAGAACUCUGCAAUUGGUAGUCCUUGACGCAGAUACGAUUAAUCACCCAGCUCAACUCAGUAAGACCUCGUUGGCCCCCAUUAUAGUGUAUGUAAAGAUUUCUUCUCCUAAGGUUUUACAAAGAUUAAUAAAAUCUCGAGGGAAAUCGCAAGCAAAACACCUCAAUGUCCAGAUGGUAGCAGCUGAUAAACUGGCCCAGUGUCCUCCGCAGGAGUCAUUUGAUGUGAUCUUGGAUGAGAACCAGCUUGAGGACGCUUGUGAGCAUCUCGCCGAUUAUCUGGAGGCCUACUGGAAGGCCACCCACCCACCCAGCAGUAACCUCCCCAACCCUCUCCUUAGCCGAACGUUAGCCACUUCAGCUUUACCCAUGAGCCCCACCCUAGCCUCUAAUUCACAGGGUUCUCAAGGUGAUCAGAGGACUGAUCGCUCUGCUCCCAGGUCUGCUUCCCAAGCUGAAGAAGAACCUUGCCUGGAACCAGUCAAGAAAUCCCAGCAUCGUUCUUCCUCCUCAGCCACACACCAAAACCACCGCAGUGGGACAGGUCGCGGCCUCUCUAGGCAAGAGACGUUUGACUCUGAAACCCAGGAGAGCCGAGACUCUGCCUAUGUGGAGCCAAAGGAAGAUUAUUCACAUGAACACGUGGACCACUAUGCCCCACACCGCGAACAUAACCACAGAGACGAGACCCACGGCAGCAAUGGCCACAGACACAGGGAGUCUCGCCACCGCUCUAGGGACACGGGUCGAGAGCAGGACCACAACGAGUGCAACAAGCAACGGAGCCGGCAUAAAUCUAAGGACCGCUACUGUGACAAGGAAGGGGAAGUGAUAUCCAAGAGAAGGAACGAGGCUGGCGAAUGGAAUAGGGACGUCUACAUCCGCCAAUGA